UGAAGCGGCGCAUUGAAGCACGCGAGCGCUCAGCGAUAGCGCAGCGUCUAAGAGACACUUUACUAACAAAAAAUAGGUUUGCGAAAUCAUUGGGAAGAGUAAGCCUUGACCCUGACUGCGGUCACCGCACAACGACCUCUACUCCUCGACCUCACCUCCUCAGCCUUGCCAGUCUCUGGUGCAGCGAUGUCUUCCUCAGCAAGCCGAGCUGCUGUCAGCACUCCCGUCAGAUCGACGCCGCAAAAGUCCACCCCCAUCGUCGACAGUCCUGGCACAUGGAGACAUCCACGUCUGAACGAAAUCACAAGACGGCGGAACGCAACGACCUUUUCCGAAAAGAACGUCAAAAGAAUAGCUCUGAACGUUGGCUUUCUUCUCAGUCUCUGGCUGUCCCAGAUCCUGUCACGUUCAUACAUUCCUGCACAAUGGUUUAGUAGCUCCCUGCGGUCAUAUCUGGGUUGGGCGUACUACCUGGUCCAGCUCAUUCCGCUGGUCAACAUUGGCAUGGCUAUGCUGCCUCUGCUCCGAUCCGCCGAUGAUCUAUCCGACAUCCCCCUGACGCCUGCUCAGCGCCAACUUCUCGGACUGCCGCCCAGUUCUGCGGCAGCCACACCUGAUGCUGUUUACAGCACCCCGCCGCGUUACUCGCGGACGCCUUCUCUGGCAGGUUCGCCUGCGAGCAACCGGAGUUUCUCUGGCUCCCCCCUUUCCGGCAGAGGCAGCCCAGCUCUCGGGAGCUCUUUCAAUGGAAACGGCUCUUUCAACGGAAAUGGACAGUCUUACUCUCCUUCGCCCCUUCACAACAGCCCUUCCAAGUUCUCGGCCAGUCUGAACAGCAACAGGAGAUCGUCCUUCGGCUCCUCCACGAACCUGGGAGCGAGCACUGCAUCUUCCCUCUUCCCUGAUCCGGGAACGCCGAGCCCCUCUACCGGAAAGCGGACCAGCGUAGGACUGAAUAAUAAGUGGCUUUACGAGAGAGGGAGGAGAUCUUCGGGUGGUAACUGGAUGCAUUAGGCGAUGACUGCGCACAAUGCCUUCAAGGUCCGAAGGGAAUUUGGGAGAUGGAUGACUGCGGCCAGUGGGAUGGAUACCUGGCGAAAGGCGUUUGGGUGUUAUGUUUCUCAUGGGGUGGAGACAAAGGAUGACUAGAUGCCUUACAAUA